AUACCCUUUCAGCGCGCGACGUUCCACGGUACGGCAGUGCAUCUUUCAAUGCCCUCGUGGCUCAAGCGCUCUUUCGUUGUGCCAUUUCGGUUCCUGGCGACGUUCUCACUGUUCCAGGACAUCCGAAGGGCGGUCUGGGCAUCCGGACGCGAGCGGCUCGACAGGGACCCUCCGUGCGUGUGCCCUGAGGGGCUGCGAGCGUACCCCACGCGCGGUGCCAUGGGCCAGUCAUGCCCCUGCAUGGCUGGCGCGCUCGGCGCGCGACCGCCGCCGAGGGCAGAGCAGAAGAGCACGCGACCGCCAGCGACGAGCGCCGAGGCGGCGACGCACGAGCCUGCGAGCAGCGGCUCCGUGGAGGGCCCUGCGUCGCCUGGGGCCGUGCCAGAGGAGACUGCGGCGGCUCCGGACGUUCGGGAGGGGGCCCGCGAGGGUUUGGGCGCGCCCGCCGCGGUGGCGCCUACCGCGGCUCCAGAAGAUCUGGAGGCUGCCCGCGAGGGUGCUGGUGCGCUCGCCGCGGCGGCGCUUGCGGCUGCGCCGCCUGCGGCAGCGCCGCCUGCGGCAAGGUCGCCGAAGCAGAAGGCGCCGCCGCCGGAGCUGCAGCAGCUGGACGAGAGCUCCAGCGAGGAGGGCGACGAGAUCUUCCCCGUGGCGGAGCUGGGUCCCGAUGGCCUGCCGUCAGUGGGCUCGGUCGACCACGACAAGGGUGAGUGCAAGCGCUGCUGCUUCUUCCCGAAGGGGCGCUGCACGAACGGCCACGACUGUCAGUUUUGCCAUUUCGACCACGAGAAGCGGAAGCGCCUGAAGAAGAAGAAGAAGCGCGGCACCGGCUCCGAGGCGCCCACCCCCAGCAGCGCAGCAGGCAGCUUGCUAACGCCUGCGGGCGGCCUGUUAUCCCCUGGCAUGAUGCUUGCUGGGGCCACGCUGCCCCACUCGCCAGUGAUGGGCGAGCUGAUGCCCACGACCCCCUUGGUGCUCGGACCGCCUUCGGCGGCCAUGACGCCCAUGUCGCCAAGCGCGCCGCCCAUGACGCCCAUGUCUCCAAGCGCGCCGCCCGCAGGGCCUCCGCAGCUGUGCGGCCUGCGCUCCACGGAGCCCCCGCCGCCGCCCCCGGAGGCUCCCUCCGUGCAGGCCGCCGUGGAACGGGCGGGGGGAGCACCGGCUCCUGGCGCGGCGCCCCCCUCGCCAGCCGCGGAGCGCCCAGCCGAGAGCGCACCGGAGGCCGCGAUAGACCUGGCAGGCCAGGGCCCCACGGCGCCCGCAGCAGCCGCGGGGCGUGCAGAAGGUGCGGGGGACGCGGCAGCUCCGGCGACCCCUGCCAAGCGCCCACCCGCCUUGGCCGCUGGGACGCUUGGCAGUGUGGAUGAUGAGGAGGGCGCGGGCAAGCCAGACGUGCCGAAGCCCAUCCUGGCGACGCCCACUGGCGCAGGCGGAAAGCCAGUGACGCUGGAAGCGCUGCUUGGGGCCUCCGAGCCCAAGGCGGCGCCGGCGAGCGCGGAGGAGCUGCCCUUCUGGACCCCCACGCCCUCGUCCGCCUGCGGCGGCUCGGCCGCCCCGCUGGCGGGGCCCUGGGGCUGGCCCGCCUCGCCCUACGGCACACUGCAGCCCGGCUGGCCCUUCCCCAGUGGCCCCUGUGCCGCGGGGGUGCUGCCCACAACGCCCGUCGGGGCGGGCGGCGCGCCGCUGGCAGCCGCUGCAGUGCCCGUGCUGCCUUUCGGGGGCUUGCAGCCGCCGCCCAGCGGACUGGAGCGCGACAGCCCUCGCUCCGUCAUCCUGACCCUGUCAGGGGCCUGGGGUGCCCUGGCGCCGAAGACUCCCCAGGCCGAGGAGCACGCGCCCGCGGUGGUGGACAGUGGUGCCGAGCCGGUGGCAGCGCCCGGGCCGCGGUUCACACGCCGCGAGCUGCUUGAUUUCCGGAAGGUGUCGGGCGACCGCCCCGACUUCAAGAUGAGGGCGCAGAGGGUGAAGCGCCGGUGAGGAGGGCGGCUCGUGGCCCGUUUUGUGAUCCCUGGAGGGCGUGCAAAGUUGUUUCUCAAUUUUUGCACGGUUCGCAUUGUGCCGAGACCUCUGCCUCUGGGUAUAAAGGCUCACGUGGAAGUCCUGCUCUGUCUGCCCCAGGGCUGCUCGUUUCGCCUAGCGGCCACGGCGCGCGUGCGAUUUCAGAGGGCACGCGCUAGGGAGGCCGCCGUGCCGCGCCAAGUGCCACCGCUCCUCGGCCGUUGGUCGCGUGGCUACGGGAAGUGCCCAGACCUUACUAGGGCUGCGCGGGCGGUCAGGUGCUGACUCCGAAGAGCGAGUUGUCAGCGAAAUGCACCCUUUGACGCCAUCACCCUGUUCCUGUUGUUCCAGACAUCCAGGUGCUUGCGGCAAACCCCGCCUGCCUGCCAGCUAAGCACGGAGAUGUACGCUGUGUGGUUAUACUGAGCUCUCCCC